AUGGCAGAAGUAAUCGGCGCUAUCUCGGCUGUUAUUGCCCUCGUCGAGACCUCGAUCAAAAUCUACGACAGUGCACGAAGGACAUCAAAUUAUCUGAGACAUUCAAAGUGGUUCAACGACCGCUCCUCGUUAUUCUCCACACCCUCACGACAUACAAAGGCAAUCUUAACGCGAGAAAAGAUUCAAUACCCGAAGACAUGUGUGAAGCAUUGGAGCCGAUCUUUGACGCUUGGUGACGCAAACGCUUCGAAUUUAAGAGGGAUCUUCGAGGAGACCGUACCCGGUGAAAACGACACAAGGGAAAAGCGAGAUUUGAAAGUCCUUCGCAGACUCGGCAAAGGAAACAAGGUCGAAGAGCUCAUGCUUGGUCUUACUGUAGACGUCCAACUCAUUGUGAAUUAUGAUGCGAUGAAGUCUGCCAAUCAACAGCAAAAUGCAGAGCUUGACGAUAUUAUCAAUGAGAUGAAGGAGCAGAUGUCCAUGGAUAAACGGGACAAAUCGUCUUAG